AUGAGAGCUCUUAAUGUGUUCGGUGCCCCCCCGAGUGCCCACGCAAAGGGAACCAACACCCGUGGUCACUCGGAGAACACCCGGGAGUUGGUUAUCCUAGAUGCUCUCACAGGCGAGACCUUUCGCUUCCCCUGGCCUCUCAGCUCCUCUGCAGGCACAGGCUGGAAGAAGCAACAACGGGAGCAGGCCGCCCCCACCGAGUUGCCAGUGGCGAGCUUCUGGAUAAACCUAGAGCACUACGUGCACCAGCUCCUUCCCACUCUUCCUUGCCUUGCAGAUGAGACAGGCGCUGCAAGGAGGAAUGGUAAUGAAGCUGAGGCACAACGUAAGGGCCCAACCAUAUCCAAGGAGCGCCAACGGUGUCUCUGCUUCGUAGAGGCCACAGGCAGGAGCCUUGCAGCAGAAGCAGCAGCUGCAGCAGCACUGCAGGAGGGCAGCAGAAGCAGCAGGAGCUACGAAAACAGCCUUGCUCAAUCAAAUGGGCCUCUAUCACUCAUUCUUCUUCGCCCAGAGCUGCUUGCGUGCUUGAGGCAUAGCAGCCGACGCGCACCCGCAGCAGCAGCAGCUGUUGCACCAAACCCGCCAUCUCCUUCACAUUCAAUGGCUCCCAAGGUUUCAUCGGCUGUGAAAGCAGCUAAGGAGCAGCAGAAAGGAAAGAGAGAUCACGAUAUUUUCGGCGACUCUCCGCCGAUAGCCGGGGGAGGCGGCUCUACGACUUGCAGAGAGGCGUUUGCUGCUGUUGCUGCUGCUCCUGCUGCUGGGGACAGCGGGAGUUUUGAUGGCACUUGUGCAUGCAGCAGCUCAGGUUGCUUUAGUUUUCCUUCAGCAUCUGUGCAGCAGCGGCUGGUUAGCGGGGAGUUACGGGCUCUGCGUGCAGCCGCGCUAUUGGAUGGUGACGCUUCGUUUAAGGUGUUUGGCAACAAUGUCGUUGCUGCAGCACCCUUGCUUUGUGCUUCUCGUGAUGCAGCUGCUGUUGCAGCAGAUCUCCACCUGCGGAUGAGGCGCCAGCAGAUAGCAGCAGAAGUCCUCGUACGUGCACUGCUGCGGCACGCAGAGUUGGCCUUGAAGUGGGUUGAUGCUGUGAAGCUGCGGCUCCAGCAGCAGGCAAGGGCUCAGGAGGACGUUGUUGUGGGAUUUGAGCAAGUGCUACUGAAGCUGCAACAAACGCCGCUCGACCCAAUACUGAGCUGA